AUGCCACCCGCUCACAUCAUCCCACGGAUACUCAGGCGACAGCUGAUCACUCAACCGAACCCAUCCAGUCCGGAGAGCUUUAUCCUACCGAUCAGGAAACUAUUGAUCGAGUUUAACCAGCAACGACAGAACCAGAAUGGACUCCGGAACUUCUUGUCACUCUCCUCGGCACCGGAAUCGAAAAAUCCGAGCCUCUACCAGCUCGUCAAGAAGUUCCCGUUUGUUGAAUUCGUCGUCCGACCUACCGGUGGCUCCGGGAUCCUCAAAGGCUUCUAUCUCAAUAACAAUCGGAUCAAAACUGUUCCCGUGGAUGGACUGGAUCCAAAUCAAAUACAGAAGAAAAUCCAACUCUUGCUCGAAUCAUCAGGUCAGAAACUCAACACAUUCACCCGGAAAAACUCGAUCGCUGUCUCUGUGGAAAACUCCAAGAAUCCCACCCGAGGACACUACAGUGCCAUGCACCACGAACAUCAUACCCCAUUAUCCCGAUUCUUUCAAAAGUCCAAAUAA